GGUUUUCAUUUUGUGUUCGGCACGCCUCAAAAUGGGAGCAUUUGAAGAGUUGCCGGAAGAGUGCUUCGUCGCCAUACUCUCUCGUAUGACUCCGGAUGACGUUGGCAGGCUCUCCGUCGUUUCCAAAGCUUUCCGUUCUGUUGCCGAUUCUGACACCGUCUGGAAUCACUUUCUCGAUCCCAAAUUCAUCGAUUUCAUCAUCCCACACUCUCAUCCUUCCAUUGCCAACGCUCCAACCAAAAAGGCUCUCUAUCUCGCCCUAUCUGAUCGCCCCAUCAUGAUCGACAAUAUUGAUACGAGGAUUCAAUUGCAUAGAAAGAGUGGAAAAAAGAGUUUUAUGUUUGCUAUUGCACUACCUAUUGCCUCUGAUUCCAGUAGGAUUGCAAGUCCUAGUGUGAGACGUGAUGGGUGGUUGGAGAUUGAGACAUGAGAGUUUAAUUUAUGCCUCGAAGAUGACGAAGUCCAAAUGAGUUUUAUUGAGGGAAAUUUCUUUCUUUUGAAGGAAUAGAAGUUAAAUCAAGCAACCUUGAUUGAACUAUUCAGGGGUCUUGCAUUUUGGAUGGCAGAAUACUACUUGGAAGUUUCAACUUUUCAACAUACCAUGUGGCAUAUAUUCAUGUUCUAAACGUUAAUAAAGGGAUUGUUAAAGUGAUAAAACCAUUAUCAUUGCUGGUAAAAAAAUGCCAUUAUCAUAUGGAUUAAAAAGUUUUCAUUAU